GGGCCAAUCAGCGGCGGCGUUGCUUUUGCGGCUCCACGUCGGCACCAGCUGCGGGGCAAGAUGGAGGCGCUGAUUUUGGAACCCUCCCUGUAUACUGUCAAAGCCAUCCUGAUUCUGGACAAUGAUGGAGAUCGACUUUUCGCUAAGUACUAUGACGACACCUACCCCAGUGUCAAGGAGCAAAAGGCCUUUGAGAAGAACAUUUUCAACAAGACUCAUCGAACUGACAGUGAAAUUGCCCUCUUGGAAGGCCUGACAGUGGUAUACAAAAGCAGUAUCGAUCUCUAUUUCUAUGUAAUUGGUAGCUCCUAUGAAAAUGAGCUGAUGCUCAUGGCUGUUCUGAACUGCCUCUUCGAUUCAUUGAGCCAGAUGCUGAGGAAAAAUGUAGAAAAGCGAGCUCUGCUGGAGAACAUGGAAGGGCUCUUCUUGGCUGUGGAUGAAAUUGUGGAUGGAGGGGUGAUCCUAGAGAGUGAUCCUCAGCAAGUAGUACACCGGGUAGCAUUAAGGGGUGAAGAUGUCCCCCUCACGGAGCAGACCGUGUCUCAGGUGCUGCAGUCAGCCAAAGAACAGAUCAAGUGGUCACUGCUUCGGUGAAGACCCUACUGUUCCUGGCUCCUCACCUCCCUCAAAACAUCGCAUGUCUGCUGUGACUUCUCACCCAGUUCCCCAGCUGAUACUCUCAGGGUCAUCUUGGGGAUCACAAGCGAUCCUUAAAACUUUAUCCUGUCUGUGGUUGUGCCCCCUACACACACACACUUUUUGUUUGUCUCACUCUUCUUGCAGCCCUGGGAGUAGAGCUCCCGCCAGAUUUAGACACAGGACGGGGAAACACUCUCUUCCUUUCUAGACUGGAUUAUGCUCCCAGUCUCUCCUAUCCGCCAUAUUUUCUCCUCAACUUAUGUGCCCUUUGCCGCAGCUACGCCUCAGAUCAAAGUAGAAGAAAGAAUGUGCUGAGUGUGUUCCUCCCUUUGCCUUUGCCAGGGCUUCAUCCCAACAGCCAUAUGUCCAGCGAGGGGAGGGAGAGAGAAUUCUUUUCUAUAGAAUGAAUGGGGGUGGGGAGAGGUACAUGCAGUCUCAGCCCCAGCCCCACUUACUGGCCUCAGCCUGUUCUCCCAUUCCUUCUUACUGCCCUGUCUUCCAGCCUUGGAAAAGAGAUUGAGAGCAGCUCACAGGGAGGGGACAGAGUAGGAGAAACAGUGAUUUUAAUUUUAUUGGAUGAAGCUUAUAAAAUUCUGUAUUUCAGACACAGCUGCAUUCUGUACCUUGAUCCUGGCUUAUAGCUUCAAAACUGCUGUGGUCUGUGAAUGUUCAUUGUGGGAGUGUCUAUCUCUUGGUCCACUGCCUUAACUGUCCACCUUACUGCCUGUGGGAUCUUUUCCUGGCUUGUCCUCUCUGUGCCCUGGAGCAAAGCCAGUCCCUGGACCUAAAACUCCAUUCUAGUCUUGGGAAGAAGAGUUUCUGCUCAGACCUGGGGAGGGGGCGGAAUUUAUGACUUGGGCCUCUGGGCUCUCUCAGUCCCUUAGUCUCCCCCACAGGCAUUUCACUCCUCUACCUUGGGUCUACAGUCUCUGCUGCUUAACCCUAUCCUCUCUCUGUCUCUGCCUCCAUCUCACAUCCAAGCAGUAGGUCUGGGUGCUUCUUCUGCCUGGGUUGUUGAGAUAGGUGUCUUUCUUCAUAAACCUUUGGGAUUUGGAUUUCCCCAGGAAGAUGGAGGAUGGGAACAGCUACUCCUGGGUCUAAUUUUUCCCGUUGCGUCAAAACUUUCUUCCCACAAAAAUAUCUUAAACAACCUUAAGACUUAAGGGUUCUCUCCUCAUUAACUGCCAAUUCUCUCAGACCGAAGUGGGCAGGUAACUGGGCAUAUUGGAGGGGCCAUCUUUGUGUAAGAGAUGUAUGGAAUCAGGAGACAGCCACCUUCAUACACUGCUCUGUGCAAAGAGGAAUAAAAGAGAUUUCUUUUUCCAAA